AUAAUUAUGCAGAUGAUCAAUGAAUAUUCAAGAAGCGGAAAAUAAUGGUGAAUUAACAAAAAUUGUAAACCCCUCUUAAGAAAAUGCGUGACAGUCUUUUUCUCAGGAUUCCUCGUGAAAUGUGACACUGAAGAGGUGCUGGAGUUUUUCUUGAAAAGAAAAAGUUACGGAAUUAGAAUAACAUGCCCAUUGCAUCUUCGAUUUUAUCAUUUUCAUUAUUAUUAUUCAGAAGAUGGACCCUAUUCAUAUGGAACAAGCCCGCCAACAGGGGUCAUUGACUUGAAAUUGAAGCUUCCAAAGAAUAUUACGGUGUUUAUUCGAAAGAAGUAACAGAAGGUAGUUAUGGGAAAUACAGAAAAAAGACCAGUUAUCAGGAAAGAAACAGUAAAUAAAUAAAUAAUUGUCAUGCCAGGAUUGUCCAGUAAAGGUUAUGAAAGCCAUGUUAUCUGUGUGAAUAAAUGUAUCUGCAAUUUCGUCAAGAACAGCAAAACAAAAUCACCCCGUCUCGAGCGCAUGUUUCCCUCCGGUGCGUGAUUUGCGAAGCCCUUUUGUGACGAUGUAAAAAGAGAUAUGGAUUUUGUGCUGCUGCUGCUGAUUCUGGCAGGCACCGUGGUAGCAGUGCUGUUCUUCCUGAUCUGCAUGACAGCCUGCGUCUACAGCUGCCUUGUCCAGGAGAAGGACGUCGUCAACGUCCAGUGGUUGUGAACAAAAAAGCGGAUAGUAUAUCGCGGAGGACGUAGAGUGGGAAUUGUAUACCGUAGUUACCGCGUGAAUGGAAUACGUUUUCUAUGUAUCUUCUCGGUUUCUGUGGCGUAAGCAAAGUGGUUUUGUAAACAUGCUGCAGAGAAUUUGAGUGCUUCUAGAUUAUUUCAGUGUUUAUCUCCACAUAGCGAGAACCAGGUGAUAGAUAGAGGUUUACAGAUGAUAGAUAAAUAUAGUUUACAUUAAAUCAUAAUGCUGUGAACUAUGAUAAUAAAACUCUCGUAUCACAACGUAACUGAAUUUAAAAUAUAACAUUCUGAUGUUAUCGGAACCCCCUAACGUAAAUAGCCUAGAAUUAAUGACCUACGGAGGGCAGACUGGGCACGCAUCUAUGACUCCAUCUGCCCCUCAUAAUGAAGAACUCCUCUGCCCGCGUCUGGCUGAUGACCAGAGAUAGCCUAGGUCAAGAUUCGAGCCCUAGAAUUAGCACUCCUUUUCGGGAAUUAAAGACCGGUUCCUCCGUCGACUCCGAGGAGAACGACGGCAUUCUGCCCCUGAAUAAUACCUUUUUUAAGAGUCUGAAGGGCUUCGGCAAGAGAGAAUUCAUAUCAAUCGACCUGUCGAAUAGUAGCUUGUCAAUUCAUGACCUCCAGGAGGAGAGGAAGGAUUUCAAUUCGAACAGCAGCUUAUUCGACGGUUCGAAACCCCUGAAUAAUAAUAUACACUCCAAUCAUUCCUCCGAUAAGGAUGCAACGGAGAAGGAUACCACGAACCCCCUGAAGGACCUGACGAUAAGGAACUCCUUUGCGAAGGAGGGCUUCGCCAAGAGCACUCGCCCUUGGCCUGGCAGUUUCUUCAAGGGCCUCCACUUCCCUACCAACAAGGAAUCGAAGGUCAAAAAGGACUCUUCCUUGGAAGAAAGUCACCAGGGGAGUCAGGACUCGAAGGACCCCGAAGUCGUCGACCCCUCCGAGAAGGACGUCCCGCUCCUCGACGCCUUCUCCCUCAACUUCAAGCUUCGUAGUGCCAGUCCUUCGUCGGCCUACAAGAGGCUCUGCCACUGGUUCGGAUCUAUCCUGAGGAACCGCGUCAAGCCCAGUGACGUCAUCUUGGUCAGGGGUAUGGACCAGCCGCUGUUGAGGGACGAGGAGAUGGAAGAGGAGGAGGAGGAGGAGGAGAAACUCUGAGCGGUAGUUACUUGAAAAACUCUCAGUGGUAAUUUUUUUG